CACCGAUGUCGAGCCCUUUUACUUUCUUCUCGCUUUCUCCCCUCACUCCACCUCACGCUCGCUUUCUUUAUCAAUAGUCUCACACUCAUUUUGCCUUGUCUCUCGUUAUUCCACCGCACUCCCUUCGCGGGAAAGCCUCCUUUGACCGCGCGCGACAAUGAAGCUCCGCGCCCUCCUUCUCCUGGCCGCGGCCGCGACCUUGCACGUGUCUGCCCAGACGGUGAUGGACUACUCGAAAGUCCCAGAAUGUGCGCGUCAAUGCACCAUCCUCGACCAGGCCGAGAAAAACUGCGUUCCCCCAGCGGCUCCAGUCACGGAUCAGGCCACUUAUCAAUCGUGCUUCUGCUUGUCGGCGCUCCUCACCCCCCUCCACUCCUCUGGAAGUCUUUGCGAGCAGUUCUGCGGCGCCGAUAAUGCUGCCAAGAUCUCCCAGUACUAUACGAGUCUCUGUAACGGUCCUGUUGUUCAGCCUCCCAAUCCUAUGACCACGACCGUUACUACCGCCACCACCAGCACGGGUACUUCCACCGCAACGGCUGGAGCGGCCGGCGCCAAACCAGUGAGCUCCAAAUCCAAUGGCCAAACCUGGUGGGAUAAGCACUGGAAGUAUGUCAUUAUGGUCAUUGUCAUUGCAAUUGCCAUGGCAGUAAUCUGGAUCGGAGGCAUCUAUCUUCGCCGUCACUUCGACCGCAAAGCUGACGCCAAACGCGCAAACAUGGCCGCCACCGAUGCCCCGUUUGAUGGAUCUAGCCGUUCGGUUGUAGGGGGCCUUGGUCCAAAGAGCAAUGCUAAUCUCCAGGUCGACGUUCCUCCCCUUCCUCCCGUUCGCGCAAUCGUUCAAGAGAGGUUGAGGAGUCGCAGCAGCUCCUUGACCAGCGCCAUGGUUAGCAGCAAGUCCAACACUCCUCAUCCUGUGGUCCUGGGUCCGCAUCAGCACAUGGCUAAUGCCACGAACGGUCAACUCAACUCCCACCCUUCUUCUGGACAGGCUAUUGCUCCUCCGCCUAUGCCCGUGCGCAACCACGACGCCAUGAGAUCCGACCCCAAGUUCGUCCAGUAUCGCGCUACACCCACGUCUAUCACCGUCGAGGAUGUCAGCUACAACAGCUCCACCAGCACUCUGCCGCGCCCGUCCCGCUUCCUCGAGCAUUCUCCUGACUCAUCCACUGACUCCAUUCAUCAACAUGCCUUCGACGACGCUGGUCAACACACGCUGAAUACACCGCGAAGCAUUCCAAGCCUGCAGCAUGAACGCCGUUUUGGCCACAAGUUACACAAGGCAAACAAGUACUAACAGACUUGGUCGCCUCAUCUCUUUUCCUCGUAGCCACCUUUAGUGCAUGUGCAUCGGCGUCGGAGGGUAGGGUCGGAGUUCACGGAAACAGCUUUUCUUGGGGCAAUUACCAUUGGCCAUCUCCUCGGCCUCGGAACGGUUACGGCGUUUUCUUGGGAGAGGUGGAUCACGGUUCUUGAUUGUCGCCAGUUCUCAUGGACUCGUGAACGAGAACUUGGGUCCUCUGAAUUGGGACCUGGCCUCGAAGCAUUUCCGAGGGGUUCUUCUGUAAUUUAUAACAAUCUUCGGGGGUGGACGGGAACCGCGCAUCUAACGCGAAGUUCUGCGAAAUGACUUGAAACAAAGGGGCGACUUACAGGCUCCCUGGCUCAGGGUCUGAAAUAAACGGUCA